CAAACGGAAGACGAAUAAAAAAAAGGACAUGGUUUUGAUCAGAACAACCGUUUCCCGGCACUUGCAGUCGAACACGUUCCCAGUGUCGAUCCCCGUCAAUAAACCCAAAACCGGUGUUAAUUCAAAAACCCGCUUUCAUUCAAUUGCCAGAACAGGUUUUUCUUCCCUUUUAAUCUAAUUCUCGUUUUCUCUUCGGGUAUAUUUGAAAAAUCUUAUAUUAAGAAAGUUGAUGAUAUGGGUAAUGCAAACGGAAGAGAAGACGGAGCCAACGGCGGUGUCGACGACCUAUCGGGAAGAUCCAAUGGCGGCGAGCCUGUAGUUCGUGGAGCCGCUGCAGUUGGAGUUCGCGUGCCAUCGUCUGAUUCAGUGGUGAAUACGCCGCCGCAGAGUCCUCGCUGGUCUCGGUCUCCUCUUUUGUUCGUUCCUCAGCUCCCUUACCAACUUCCAAGGACUGAUGGUCAUUCCUUUUUCAACCAAGCUUGGCGACAUGGUUCUCCUGGGAUUCCCAAUAGUCUGUCCGAGAAAGGAAUCCCUGUCAUUAUUACUUGGAAUUAUGGUGGUAAUGAUGUGGCCGUGGAAGGUUCUUGGGACAAUUGGAGAUCAAGGAAGGCACUACAGAGAUCAGGUAGUGACCUCUCAAUUCUUUUGGUCCUUCCAUCUGGCAUAUACCAUUACAAGUAUAUUGUCGAUGGUGAAUGGAAAUAUACACCCAACCUGCCUUUUGUAUCUGAUGAAAUGGGCCACGUUUUUAAUCUUCUUGAUGUACAUGACUAUGUACCUGAAAAUCUAGAUAGUGUAACCGAAUUCGAGGCUCCGGCAUCUCCAAAUUCCAGUUAUGGUCAAGCAUUUCCAACUGAAGAAGAUUUUGCGAAAGAGCCUGCUGUAGUUCCAUCCCAGCUGCAUUUAACUGUCCUUGAUACAGAUGAUCAAGAUGGAGCAUCUUCCUCGAAGCCUCAACAUGUUGUACUUAACCACCUUUUCAUACAGAAAGGAUGGGCAUCGCAGUCUGUUGUUGCCCUUGGAUUGACCCAUAGAUUGAAGUCCAAAUACGUGACUGUUGUACUCUACAAGCCACUCAAAAGGUAAAACCUACAUUUCCCCAUGCUCGACUCUGUAAAGAAACCAAAGUAACUUCCACAUUUGUUGCUGAAGGUACCUUGUUUUAUAGAUCGUGCUUCGAUACUUU